CACUUGGCGCUCUGGCCCACACAGACGCUACUUGGUGGCAUCUCGGGUUCCCUCUGGCUGCGCUCUGGAGGACUAUUCUCGUUUUCUUUUUGGUUCUGAGGCCUGCAUGCUUGGCUGAGCUGAAAGAAAGAUGGCGGCAGCUGUGCGACAGGAUUUGGCUCAGCUCAUGAAUUCGAGCGGCUCUCAUAAAGAUCUGGCGGGCAAGUAUCGUCAGAUCCUGGAAAAAGCCAUUCAGUUAUCUGGGGCAGAACAGCUAGAAGCUUUGAAAGCUUUUGUGGAAGCAAUGGUAAAUGAGAAUGUCAGCCUCGUGAUCUCUCGACAGUUGCUGACCGAUUUUUGCACACAUCUUCCCAACUUGCCUGAUAGCACAGCCAAAGAAAUCUAUCAUUUCACCUUGGAAAAGAUCCAGCCCAGAGUCAUUUCAUUUGAAGAGCAGGUUGCUUCUAUAAGACAGCAUCUUGCAUCUAUAUAUGAGAAAGAAGAAGAUUGGAGAAAUGCUGCCCAAGUGUUGGUGGGAAUUCCUUUGGAAACAGGACAAAAACAGUACAAUGUGGAUUAUAAACUGGAAACAUACCUGAAGAUUGCUAGGCUAUAUCUAGAGGAUGAUGAUCCAGUCCAGGCAGAGGCUUACAUAAAUCGAGCUUCAUUGCUUCAGAAUGAAUCAACCAAUGAACAGUUACAGAUACAUUACAAGGUAUGCUAUGCGCGUGUUCUUGAUUACAGAAGAAAAUUUAUUGAAGCUGCACAAAGGUACAACGAGCUCUCUUACAAGACAAUAGUGCAUGAAAGUGAAAGACUAGAGGCCUUAAAACAUGCUUUGCACUGUACCAUCUUAGCGUCAGCAGGACAACAGCGUUCUCGAAUGCUAGCUACUCUCUUUAAGGAUGAAAGGUGCCAGCAACUUGCUGCUUAUGGGAUCCUAGAGAAAAUGUACCUGGAUAGGAUCAUCAGAGGAAAUCAACUUCAGGAAUUUGCUGCCAUGCUGAUGCCUCACCAGAAAGCAACUACAGCUGAUGGUUCUAGCAUCUUGGAUAGAGCUGUGAUUGAGCACAAUUUGUUGUCUGCAAGCAAAUUAUAUAAUAAUAUUACCUUUGAAGAACUUGGAGCUCUUUUAGAGAUCCCUGCAGCUAAGGCAGAAAAGAUAGCAUCGCAAAUGAUAACGGAAGGACGAAUGAAUGGAUUUAUUGAUCAGAUUGAUGGAAUAGUUCAUUUUGAAACACGGGAAGCCCUGCCAACGUGGGACAAACAGAUCCAAUCGCUUUGUUUCCAAGUGAAUAACCUUUUGGAGAAAAUUAGUCAGACAGCACCAGAAUGGACAGCACAAGCCAUGGAAGCCCAGAUGGCUCAGUGACACCUUGUAGAACUACACCCUUUUCCAUGUGGUACAGAUUAAUUUCACUAUCUCUAAAACAUUUGCAUAUCUAUUUCAAUCCCUUUGAUGCUGGAUUCCUCUUAAAGAAGACAUUAUUAGAGCAGGACAUACAAACAUUUAAAAAUGUAGUUCCCAUAUAUUCAAGGUCUCUGUGUAUCAAGCUAACUCAGAUGUUUUGAAAGCUUUUACUUUAAACAGAGUAAGUGAAAUAUCUGUGGCUAAAAAGUUUGGGAUUUGUGAUAACUUUGUAGUCAUGUAAAACUGAAGUGCUUUGUGACUCUCCAAAUGUGGUUAUUCUAAUAAAUGGAGAAGUGAGCCAAA